GAUUGAAAUUAAUUUCGGAUUCAGCUGUGCAUAUUUACUUACAGAAAUGGAUAUACAAGUGUAUUGUUAAAACUAAUCUUUUAUAUUGCUGCUAUAUAAGAAUACAAAAAAAUAGUUGUAGUUUUAGCCCCUUUGUUUACGUCGAUUAAUAAAUAGUAAUUUAGUGCAUUCGGUUGUGUUUUUUACUCGUAUAUUGUUAAUUUUAGUUUAAUCCGCAGUGCGAAAAUCGUAGGUAGCUUAAGCCGCUAUUGCGACACGUCGACAGAUUUUAAUGUCGGCUGAAAGUGGAAUUGUAGCAUAUCAAGUAACAUAGUACUAAAGCAGUUGGAAGCUUUUAUUUUACAAUAUAACUUUUGUUUGUAAAAUGCGUGUAAGUAAUAUUCGUGGAGGUCGUUUAUGUCGCAUAGCGCUGUGCUGUUGCAUUAUAUUGCCGCUAAUAUUUAUACUGGUCACAUGGGGUGACACAAAGCGUGGAUCAAGCAGUUAUCACGGCAAAUUCGCCAGAUUUAACCAUCUACGAUUGGAGGGAAGGCCGCGUGAGGUGCCAAAAUUGGUGGAAGGUCUUGGAAAUUUUGAACCAAAAAAUGUGGAAGAACGUGUCGGACCCGGCGAGAAUGGUGAUGCACAUCAACUGUCUGCCGACAAAAAAAAUCUCGCAGAUGAAUCUGAAAUGGAGUAUGGCAUGAAUAUUGCAUGUUCAGACGAAAUAUCAAUGCAUCGCUCGGUGCGGGAUUCACGAUUGGAGGAGUGCAAGCAUUGGGACUAUCCCUAUGAUUUACCUAAAACUAGUGUUAUUAUUGUUUUCCACAAUGAGGGUUUCUCAGUUCUCAUGCGCACAGUGCAUUCGGUGAUCGAUCGCUCGCCUAAGCAUAUAUUACAUGAAAUAGUGCUAGUGGAUGAUUUUUCGGAUAAGCGGGACUUACGGGAAAAGUUGGAUAACUAUUUGCUACAAUUCAAUGGUUUAGUAAAACUUAUACGCAAUGACGAGCGAGAGGGUCUAAUCCGUACGCGUUCGAGAGGCGCCCAAGAAGCGAGUGGCGAAGUUAUUGUCUUCCUCGAUGCACAUUGCGAAGUGAACACGAACUGGCUGCCACCGUUGCUGGCGCCCAUCUAUCGUGAUCGCACGGUGAUGACUGUGCCCAUUAUUGAUGGCAUUGAUCACAAAACCUUCGAGUAUCGGCCGGUCUAUGGCAGCGAUGCGCAUUUCCGUGGCAUUUUCGAAUGGGGUAUGUUGUAUAAGGAGAACGAAGUGCCGAAACGCGAACAACGCCGCCGCGCACACAACUCUGAACCGUACCGCAGUCCCACACAUGCCGGCGGCCUAUUUGCCAUUAAUCGUGAAUAUUUCCUGGAAUUAGGAGCAUACGAUCCGGGCCUAUUGGUUUGGGGUGGUGAAAACUUCGAAUUGAGCUUUAAGAUCUGGCAAUGUGGUGGCAGCAUUGAAUGGGUGCCAUGCUCGCGCGUUGGACACGUUUAUCGCGGUUUCAUGCCCUACAACUUCGGCAAAUUGGCGCAAGCCAAGAAAGGACCACUAAUAACAAUCAAUUACAAACGCGUCAUCGAAACAUGGUUUGACGAUACACACAAGGAGUACUUCUAUACACGUGAACCGCUGGCGCGCUAUCUCGAUAUGGGCGACAUUAGUGAACAAUUGGCGCUGAAGAAGCGUCUCAAUUGCAAAUCCUUCCAGUGGUUUAUGGAUAAUAUAGCAUACGAUGUGUACGACAAAUUCCCCGCACUGCCAGCCAAUUUGCAUUGGGGCGAAUUGCGCUCCGUCGCCACAGAUGGUUGUCUCGAUUCGAUGGGUCAUCAGCCACCUGCCAUCAUGGCGCUUUCACACUGCCACGGCGGUGGUAAUAAUCAACUGAUACGUCUAAAUGCCGCCGGGCAACUGGGUGUGGGUGAGCGUUGCGUGGAAGCGGAUCGUCAGGGCAUUAAAUUAGCUGUAUGCCGUUUGGGCACAGUGGACGGUCCGUGGAAUUAUGAUGAGAACACCAAGCAUUUGCUGCAUCGCACACACAAGAAAUGCAUGGCCGUGCAUCCGACAUCGCAGCAGCUAUUCUUGGCACAUUGCGACGUCAACGAUGGCUAUCAGCAGUGGUGGUUCAAAGCAAUCAAGCCCAGGUGGUAAACGGCAUGCCUCAACAGCAAUGCAGCACGGGUUUCAUUAGCAACGAGGAAAUUAUGAAAUGUAUUUGUUGAAUUUGAACAGAUUUUUAAGAUUUUAAAGUGAGUAGAGACGCAAAUUGCAGUGAAGUUUGUCUAUAAUGGGAUUGAUUGUAUGUAUUACAUAUGUACAUACAUAUGUAUGUAUGCUUAUAUAAAUGUACGGCCUCUUGUGUAUGUUUAUGCAUGCUUGCUCGUAAUUUUAGUUAUGUAAGCGAAUUUAUAAUGCAAAAUUAUAAAACCGAAGCUUGCGAAGGGGGCACACGAAGUAUGAUAUUAAUUCUUAUGGCUAAAAGUGCUGACGAAACGAAAACAAAAAUCAAGCAAUAACUGUAACUAUGUUAUGAAACGAUAGAAAAACAAAAACAAUCAUAUUAAUGCGUAUGUAUAUGUGGAAGUCAAUGCAUCGAUAACCGUUCCAAGCGUUUUAACGCGCUCAAGUUUAUUAAGUUUUAACUAAGUACUGGUUUUUGACGUGGAUGGAUAUGAAAAUGGCCUUGAACAUUUGAGAUCACGCUGACUUUUCGGCGCUAAAGGCCUAUGCUAACAUUUUUUAUAUGUAGGUAUUUUCUUUUUUAUAGAUACCUAAUGAAAUGCUUCAACAUUGCCAACUAUACAUAGAGAAUUUUAAGAAAUUUUAUCUUCCAAUUGUUAUAAUUUAUUACUGAGAGCAUAUGGGACGUUAGUUUCUGGAACAGUACUAUAAUUUAAGUAAAUCAUGUAAUUGAAUCUGUAUCUUUGUAAUUUAUAUCAUAUUUGUGUAUAUUUCGUGUGAUAUAUAACGUUCUUUUCUUGAAACGAAAA